GAUCGUUCCGCCAAGGUAUGCAUGUAUAAAGAGGGGGGUGGGCAAAUGACAGUCGAUUCAUUUAUCAUCAAUCAUCUCAACAUGUCCAUGCCUAAAGACCACCCAUUUGUCUAUUCUCUCUUUGGGGUUCAGUAUCCCGGUGACAGUCCAAAUGAGAAACAACAAUCACUCAUCGACCGUUUGGAUCAAUUAAUCACUCCCUCGGCCAAACACGUCGAUCGCAUUAUUCAAGAUGGUAUCUCUACUGGAAUAUCCGGCGGCAAUACCCGCAUCUGGCUUGGAUACUGGACAUCCAAAGCCGACUUCAACGCCUGGUGGCAGCAGCCCGACACUGUCGCCUUCUGGGCCUCCCUACCCCCAGAUGCUGGUGUCUGGCGAGAGAUAGUGACUGUCUCUCCCUCACGAACACAAUUCAACACGAGUGCCAAAAGCCAAGUCGGACAGGGGCAUCUCGGGGCAUCUACUGACCACGGCACGAAAGUCGGGUAUUGGGGGUGUUAUCGCGACCGGAUGGAGGAUUCAUCUCCCACGGAGCGUUUUCAGUCAUCGCUAUCUGAAACGCCAGAGCCACGACGGGCGAAAACAACUGAUACAGUCCGCGAGGGCCGUUUGCGUUUGACGCAUUUCCCGGAUAACCUGUGCUUCGUGGUAGAAGGCCAAGAUCGAACUGGGAUGACCGACGAGGAAAGAGCGCACUGGUUUGAAAAGCUGGAUGGGCCGGUCGAGCAGUGGAUGAAGGAUCUCGAGAAUGCAGGCCCCGAAAAGGGUGUUCUCGAUGCGAGAAUGUGCUAUGACCCUGACAGUGAUAUAGUCCGGGAUAAGCCUCCCGUGCAUCGUCGUUUUGCACGCACUAUCCAGCUGUUUUACUUUCGUGAUCUUGCAGCGAUGGAGCUCAUCGGGAAGACCAAUAGUGGGCAUGUUGGGCUGCGGAUGAAUUUUAUGAAACCGUAUGGGCCUCGAGGGCCGCUUUUUGAAAAGGGAAAUAUGGUUCUCUGGGUUGAGACGAGUGUUGUUCGGGCACAAGAUAUUGACUGCGAGUAUGUUGGCUGCGUGGAGGGGACGGGCUUUCUGGCGUAUGAUUAUCAUGCUGCGUUCAAGGAUGAAGCCAAACUGUAGUUCAAUUAUAUUGCACGGGUAUAUGAGAAUGCAUUGUCUUUCAGUUCAUAUUAGCAGAAGCAUUAUUUCUUGCCAUGGCUGAACGCCACAGGCUGUGUCAAGUGCGCCAUUCAACGUCUGACCACUGAUAGACAGCUACUAACUUUGGUGCCCGU